CGGCGCAGGCAGUAGCGGCUGUCUCUGGAGGUGCCUCGAGUGUGCCGCCCGCCCGGUUCUCGGCGUCCCUGGCGGUCCCUGGUCGCGGUCACUGAGGAUGAGUUCCUGCGCGGCCGCGCGCCCAGCCCGCGGAGACCGCCGGCGCACUUUCAUCUAGCGACUGGUCACCCUCGCAAUUAUGGAUAUUUGAAAGGCUCACCCCGUGUGGAGGGGGAGCCCCCUCCACACUCCCCCUUGGUGCUUGACUCCAGGAAUAAUUCAUAAACUGCAUUUUUUUAAACAAAGAACUUGUAUUUGAUAUGAACUUUGUAGAGCUAUUUUAUAACUUUUUGAUUUAAGUGCCAAAUAUUAUACAAAGAUAUAUAGUUUUAUAUGAUUAUUGUGAACAUUUAAAUUAUAGCCCCCAAAGGGCCAUUUAUUCUCAAUAAUUCUUCUUCAAUAUACUGCACCUUUGUGUCCCGGCUUUUUAAAAAUUAUUUUUGGUGACUGUUGUAAAAAGUAAACGGGUAAGAGCAGUGAGGAUGAACUCUGCCACCCCCGACUGCACCCCCAAAUGCCGAUCCCUGCAACACGCUGCAGACGUCCUUUCCGUGGUAACCAAGGGGAGUGAAAAGCAGAUUAAGACCUUCCUCGCCAGCCACUGCUACAGUGCUGCGACUGUCAAAGAUGCCUUUGGCAGGAAUGCUGUCCACCUGGCCUCCUCCUGUGGGAAGAAAGGCGUGCUAGACUGGCUUUUGGAGAGGGGAGUGGAUCCACUUGUGAAAGACAAGGAGUCAGGCUGGACUGCGCUGCACAGGAGCAUUUUCUAUGGACAUAUUGAUUGUCUUUGGUCUCUGUUGAAGCAUGGUGUUAGUCUGUAUAUGCAAGAUAAAGAAGGAUUGUCACCUUUGGAUCUUCUAAUGAAGGAUAGACCAGCUCAUGUAGUAUUUCACAACACUGACCCCACAGAAGUCUACACUUGGGGAGAUAAUACAAACUUUACUCUGGGUCAUGGAAACCAGAACAGCAAACAUCACCCAGAACUGGUGGAUUUGUUCUCCAGGGGUGGCGUUUAUAUCAAACAGGUGGUGCUUUGCAAAUUUCAUUCAGUGUUUCUGUCUCAGAAAGGGCAGGUUUACACCUGUGGGCAUGGUCCAGGAGGAAGGUUAGGCCAUGGAGAUGAACAGACAUGCUUGGUUCCCAGACUUGUGGAAGGACUGAGUGGUCAUAACUGUUCCCAGGUGGCAGCUGCUAAGGAUCACACUGUUGUAUUAACUGAAGAUGGAUGUGUUUAUACCUUUGGUCUCAAUACUUUUCACCAAUUAGGAAUUACUCCUCCUCCUUCCAGUUGUAAUGUACCCAGACAGAUGCAGGCAAAGUACCUGAAAGGAAGAACUGUCAUUGGAGUAGCAGCAGGCAGGUUUCACACAGUUCUGUGGACUCGAGAUGCCGUUUACACUAUGGGCCUGAAUGGUGGACAGCUGGGUUACUUACUGGAUCCCAAUGGAGAAAAGUGUGUCAUAGCUCCUCGCCAGGUCUCUGCCCUUCAUCAUAAGGAUGUUGCUCUGUCUUUGGUUGCUGCAAGUGAUGGUGCCACAGUCUGUGUUACCACAAGAGGAGAUAUAUACUUACUUGCAGACUAUCAGUGCAAGAAGAUAGCAUCUAAACAACUGAACUUGGAAAAGGUUCUUGUAUCUGGGGGUUGUAUGGAAUACAAAGUCGAUCCUGAACAUUUGAAAGAAAAUGGGGGUCAGAAAAUCUGCGUUCUUGCUAUGGAUGGAGCCGGAAGAGUAUUUUGCUGGAGAUCAGUCCACAGUUCUCUGAAGCAAUGCCGAUGGGCCUAUCCUCGCCAGGUGUUAAUUUCUGAUAUUGCUUUAAAUAGAAAUGAAGUUCUGUUUGUCACCCAGGAUGGGGAAGGAUUUAAAGGGAAAUGGUUUGAAGGAAAAAGAAAGAAUUCUGAAAAGAAAGCAGACAUUUUACCAAACCUACAUCAUUCCUCAUCAGAUGUGUCUUGUGUCUCUGAUACAAAUAGUGUGUAUGAAAGAAUUCGACUAGAGAAACUUACUUUUGCCCAUAGAGCUGUUAGUGUCAGCACAGACCCAAGUGGAUGCAACUUUGCAAUCCUACAGUCAGACCCUAAAACAAGCCUUUAUGAAAUUCCAGCUGUGUCUUCAUCAUCCUUUUUUGAAGAAUUUGGCAAACUCUUGAGGGAGACAGAUGAAAUGGACAACAUUCACGAUGUGACAUUUCAAGUUGGCACUAGAACCUUCCCUGCUCAUAAAUAUGUUUUGGCUGUGCGUUCUGACUUUUUCCAGAAAUUGUUUCUUUCAGAUGGUACUCCCUUGGAAGUCUCAGAUGUGUACCGGAAAGAGGAAGAUUCUGCAGGGUGCCAUCUCUUUGUGGUGGAGAAGGUUCAUCCUGAUUUGUUUGAAUGCCUUUUACAAUUCAUGUAUACAGAUACUUGUGACUUUUUAACUCAUGGUUUUAAGCCAAGGAUAUUCAUAAACAAAAAGUCAGAAGAAUAUCAGGGCUCCCUGAAUUCUCUUAUGAAUACGAUGAAUUGCCCUGAGGAUGAGACCCAGAAGUCGGCGUUUGAGGUCUACAAAAGUAGCCAAGCUCACACAGUUAGUGAAAAGCAGAAAGGCAAACCCAAAUCUUCUAAAAAGGGAAGAAGUGCUAGUGAAGAUGAUCCUGUCAAGAUGUUGCAAAAUGUUGCAAAGAAAUUUGGCCUCAGUAAUCUGAGUGGCAGGUUAGAUGGAGUCAGAUUUGAAAAUGAAAAAAUUAAUGUUAUUGCAAAGAAAACUGGCAAUAAAUUGAAGCUAAGUCAAAAAAAAUGUUCAUUUCUGUGUGAUGUUAUCAUGAAAUCAGUGGAUGGAAAGGAAUAUCCUUGUCAUAAAUGUGUCCUUUGUGCUAGACUUGAGUAUUUUCAUAGUAUGCUGAGUAGCUCGUGGAUUGAGGCUUCGAGUGGUGCCGCUCUGGAAAUGCCAGUACGUUCUGAGGUCCUGAGAGUGAUUUUGGACUACCUCUACACUGAUGAAGCUCUGCUGAUAAAAGAAUCUCAAAAUGUGGAUUUUAUUUGUAGUGUUCUUGUAGUGGCUGAUCAGCUUCUGAUAACUCGAUUAAAGGAGAUUUGUGAAGUGGCAUUAACUGAAAAACUUACCCUUAAGAAUGCUGCUAUGCUACUGGAAUUUGCAGCAAUGUACAAUGCUGAACAGUUGAAACUGUCUUGUUUACAGUUUAUAGGACUGAAUAUGGCAGCUUUACUUGAAGCAAGGUCUCUUGAUGUUUUAAGUGAUGAUGUUUUGAAGGAUCUUUCCAUAUUUUACCGAAAAAUGAUCCCAGCAAUGGAUAGAAGAAUCAUUACACCAUACCAAGAUGGACCAGAUCUUAGCUGUUUGGAAGUAGAGGAUGGAGCUGUCUUUUUGAAAGAAGAAAUAACUGUGGAGCAAAAUUAUUCGGAAACUAUGUUUAAGAAGGCAAAAACAAAAGCUAAAAAGAAGCCACGGAAGCGCUCAGAUAGUUCUGGAGGUUACAACCUUUCAGAUAUUAUUCAGACUCCACCAUCUGCAGGAUUAUUGAAGUCUGGGAAGACCAGUUCUGUGGAAUCUCUUCCAGAACUGUUGACCUCAGAUUCUGAAGGAAGCUACACAGGAGUGGGUAGUCCCAGAGACCUGCAGUCCCCUGAUUUCACAGCAGGAUUUAAUUCAGAUAAGAUUGAGGGGAAAGCUAAAUCGUAUGUGAAUGGUACGCCUCCCAUGUGUUCUAGGGAAGGGUUCAAACCAUGGGAAAAAUCACCAGCAUCUACAUCUGCUCCCCAGCUCAUCCCCAGUAACAGAGCUGACACUCCAGGCUCAUCCAUCUGGGUUGCGAGCUCUUGCAGUCCUGUGAGCCCUCCUGUUGUGGAUCUCAGAACCAUCAUGGAAAUAGAAGAAAGUAGAAAAAAAUGUGGCACAACACCAAAAUUGAACUUAGGAAAAAUUGUUUCUCAUGGAGUUAAACUUUCUCAGAAACAACGAAAAAUGAUUGCAUUGACAACAAAAGACAACCUUUCAGGAACAGGCAACAUGGAAACAGUUGUUGUAGCUCCUUCCAAGCCUCCUAAGCCAGUGAAUGCACGGGCAUCAUCUCUACAGUCCCCUUCAUCCAAGUCAUUCUGGGAUUUCUUACUAGAAGAAAAAAAGUCUAUUAUUGGCCAUAGUUCAGGUGAUCAAGAUCAUGUCAAAAAAGUUUGUUUUAAAGGAAAUGAAAAUUCUCAGGCUCUAAAUGUUGUAAGGUGCUCAACUCAUGGAAGCCCAGGACUAGAAAACAACCUUAUUUCUGAUUUACCACUUCUAGACAGUCCCAAUCCCUGGCUGUCGUCUUCGUUGACUGCUUCUACCACAGCAGCUCCGGUCACCUUCGCAUCAAUUGUAGAAGAGGAGCUGCAGCAGGAAGCAGCUCUUAUCAGAAGUCGGGAAAAACCCUUGGCCCUGAUUCAGGUUGAGGAACAUGCCAUACAAGAUUUGCUGGUUUUCUAUGAGGCGCUUGGCAACCCGGAUGAGUUUGUCAUCGUGGAAAGGACACCACAGGGGCCACUGGCAGUGCCUAUGUGGAACAAACACGGAUGCUAGUUCCCAUGGCAUGAAGAUGCACUUCCACAAUUGUGGUCACUAUGCCAGCAUGAAGAAAAGCUGUGGACAGAGUUUCUUCGGUUUGGUAGCACGUCAUUCUAGCCAGAACAAGAAUGGAUUUCAUUUCCUUAUGUACUUUAUGAUGUUUGUAUGACUCGAGAGAUUUAUCAGAACUGUGAUUUUAGUAACUUUUAUGUGAUAUGUGUCAGAAGAAAACUUGGGCUAAGAUUAAAUAGGAUUGUUUCUUCUGAAUAAUCUUGCAAAGGAAAAUAUGGGUGAAAUGUAAAAUUGAGGAAUGAUUCAUUAAAAAUAACUUUUUGUUUGAGACUUUGAGGUGAUGUAGAACCAUUUGCCAUGUACUAUUGCUUUUUAAUAAUGGCCUUGGUGAGCUUUGAACAGGAGCCCCAGCCAUUACCACCCACUAAUGCCGUAAUAGCUGUCUCUCUUGAUCAUUCUUAACCAGGCUUUUAAUGUCGUGAACGCUUUAAGUUGAACCUGAUGAAUAGUUUUUCCUAACUGUUCUGAACAGUGGAGUCCAAGAUCAUAGCUUCCUUAUAAGACUUGGAGUCUAGAGUCGUGAAUUUUUUUUUUUUUUUUGAGUGGGGAGGGUUUGGCAAGUGAGGACGUAUGAAAACCUAAUUGUGAAAGAAUCAGUUUCUUAAAGUGUUAACAGUUUUCUAAAACAAAAAAUUAUACAUACGAGAAUUGAAUAGUUUCAAAGAUGGGUUGGCUUAUAGUUACCUGUAUAAUAUUGUGUAAUAAGUUCUGUGAGCCUGGAUUAUAUAUAUGUGUCAAAUUUUGAUUAUUUUCUUUACAGUAUGCUGUUUGGUUUGUUUUUGAAUGUUUAAAAUGAAAAAGAAAACAAAUACUAAAAUCUGAGCUUGAUAUUGGGAAAGUUAAUGCUCUAGUUCUAGAAAAGAAACCCAGGGGAACAUUCAGCACUUCUCUGCUAAACGUCAGUUUGGGAAAGUAGCUGAUGCUAAUUCAAGAUUUCAGCUUAGCUCCACCAAGAAGCAGCAAACUUGUAAGCAAAUGUGCAAUACAAAUAAUCUUGAUCCAUUUCA